AGACAAAGCUCUCAGUUCUUAAAGGCGGGAGCGACAAGCCGUGCGGCUUCUUUGAGUCCUCACACUUCAUUUCGUUUCUUCUUCUUCUUCUUCUGAUCAACUGUUCGUCGGACGCUCGGCGACGAAGACAAUGGAGUCCACUCUCAAGAAAUACUUUGGGCAUCCAGCUUUCAGACCAUACCAGAGAGAAAUCAUUGAGAAAAUUUUAGAGGGUAGAGAUUCCUUGGUUGUCAUGGCCACUGGAAGUGGUAAAUCGCUGUGCUAUCAGGUCCCUCCCUUGGUUACCAAUAAGACUGCAAUUGUUAUUAGCCCUCUUCUAUCCUUGAUGCAAGAUCAGGUUAUGGCUUUGAGACAAAGAGACAUCAGAGUUGAGCAUCUCUCUAGUGCCCAAAUCGAUGCUAGUGUACAAAGUCGUGCUGCUGAUGGGCAGUUUGAUAUUUUGUAUAUGACUCCUGAAAAGGCGUGUUCAAUUUCUACAGGCUUCUGGUCGAGUUUGUUAAACAAAGGAAUUUGUCUUGUGGCUGUUGAUGAAGCACAUUGCAUUUCAGAAUGGGGUCAUGAUUUCAGGACGGAGUACAAGCAGCUAGACAAGCUACGCAAUGUUCUUUUAAGUGUUCCAUUUGUAGCCUUAACGGCAACUGCAACUGAAAAGGUUAAGGGCGACGUCAUAAAUUCCUUAAAGAUGAGAAAUCCAUAUAUUUCUAUUGGAUCAUUUGACCGCAAGAAUCUCUUCUAUAGUGUCAAACCAUUAAAUCAUACUUCUACCGCUAUACAUGAGUUGGUAGAAGAAAUCUCUAAACGUGUGGCAAAUGCUGGAUCAACAAUUGUAUAUUGUACAACCAUCAAAGAUGCUGAGCAGAUUUUCUCAUCACUUCUGAAUGCUGGACUCAAAGCUGGAAUGUAUCAUGGUCGAAUGUCUAAUAAGACAAAGGAGGAAUCCCACAGAUUGUUCAUAAGAGAUGAGUUGAAUGUCAUGGUUGCAACUAUUGCUUUUGGUAUGGGUAUAGAUAAGCCAGAUAUAAGGCUUGUGAUACAUUAUGGCUGCCCCAAGAGUCUUGAAUCAUAUUACCAGGAAAGUGGACGAUGUGGUAGAGAUGGUGUCCCUUCUCACUGCUGGCUUUAUUAUUCUAGAAGUGACUUCAGCAAAACUGACUUUUACUGCAAAGAAGCAAGUUCUGAAAAACAAAGAAAAGCAAUAGCAGAGUCACUUAUUGCGGCACAACGCUACUGCAUGCUGACAACUUGCAGAAGAAAAUCUUUGCUGAACUAUUUUGGAGAAGAUUAUACAUCUGAGAAAUGUGGAAAUUGUGACAACUGCAUUGUCUCAAAGAAGGAGCGUGACAUGUCUAAAGAAGCGUUUCUUUUAAUGGUUUGUGUGCGCUCAUGUGGAGGUAACUGGGGCCUAAACAUGCCCAUAGAUGUUCUUCGUGGAUCUCGGUCCAAAAAAAUUGUUGAUGCUCAGUUUGACAAACUCCCUUAUCAUGGGCAUGGGAAAGAUUUGUCUGCAGAUUGGUGGAAAGAGCUGGGACACCUCUUGAUUGUUCAUGGUUAUUUGAAAGAAACUGUUAAAGAUAUAUACAGAAUGGUGAGUGUCAGUCCUAAAGGUUCGCAGUUUUUGAACUCUUCCAAACCUGACCAUCAACCAUCACUUGUUCUUCCAUUGAUGGGGGAAAUGCUGGAUGAUGAAGAUCACAAAGAAAAACUAGGUGAAACUUCUCCUUUGCAACAUGAUAGCCUUUCACAGGUUGAGGCACAAAUCUACAAAAUGCUCUAUGACAGGAGAGUGGAGCUUGCAAGAGAUGUUGGUACUGCACCGUAUGCUAUAUGUAGUGAUGAAACAUUGAAAAGGUUAGCAUUGACAAGACCAUCUACCAAGGCAAGGCUAGCAAACAUUGAUGGUGUUAAUCAGCACUUUGUGAAAACAUAUGGAGAUCAUAUUCUGCAAAGCAUUGAACAUAUGUCACAAGAACUGAACCUUAGUCUUGAUGGAAAAGUAUGCGCCCCACCACCCAUCACUACCAGGAGGCCAGCUGUAACAAUACCAAAUGGAGAUAAAAAACUGGCACCUGCAAAAACUGAAGCUUGGAAGAUGUGGUAUGAAGAUGGCCUGUCAGCUCAGCAAAUUGCUAAUUUCCCUGGUAGAUCAGCUCCCAUAAAAGAGGAAACCGUUCUUAGUUAUCUGCUGGAGGCAGCAACACAGGGAUAUGAAUUUGAUUGGAACAGGUUUUGUCAAGAAAUUGAAUUAUCGCCUCAGAUCUAUGAAGCUGUUCAUGAGGCCAUCAUGAAGGUUGGUGCAAGAGACAAGUUAAAGCCCAUAAAAACCGAGUUACCAGAAGAGAUCAGUUAUUUCCAUAUCAAGUCGUGUUUGACGAUACAAGAUUUGGGGAUAUCCGCCGAAAUAUUUCCUUCAAGUCUCGACCCCAAUCAUCAGUGCAAAUUGGAAGAAGAAAGCAUCGGAGGCGAGAACACGGAAAAUUGUGAUGCAACAGACACAGACCAAAUGUCGCCAAAUAAGCGCCGAAAAAUUGGACAUGAAGAAGACAAUGCCCUUCCCCUUCUUCUUGCAACAGAAAGCUCAAUAUUGAGCUGGCUUGGGAACCAUGUUAAUGGGGUUUCUUUAUCUGAAAUCUUGGUCCACUUCAAGGGAACUGAAGAACAGUCUAUUGUUGAAAUGCUGAGCUGUCUCGAAAGUGAGUUUUCCAUAUUUAAGAAGGGCGACUUGUAUAGACUAAUGUGAUUUUCCAUGUAUUCAUCCAUACCCUAUAAUCUAUUCUCUGGCAACUUGAACCAGUUUAGGAUGCCUAAUUCUAAGUGUUAAGUUUGUUUAAACUGAAAAUUUGAAGUGUU